GUGAUAUUAUGUCAAUUGGAUUCAGGGUUUGCAACGCAAAGAGGAAUCGAGAUAUCUGAUCUAUCUUCUAUCUGUCUAUCUAAGUGGUUCAUUCGCAUACGGAGAUCUAAUUCAGGUCCUUAUCAUCGAGAUCCAACAAACGCUUCAACCACAAAACAAGGGCUUGGAUUCACGAACCCCUCCAAUUUUUACACAGGUAUCAAUUUUCAACAGCGUUGGCAAACAUGUCUCAUUACAACAGGGACGAAAUGGAGUACGUUGCAGAUGAUAAUGAAAUGGCAGAGGUAGAAGAUGAUGUGUAUUUCCGAGGCAGAGCAUUUGGUGAAUCAGAUUCGGAUGAUGAUGAUGAAUACGAUCCUUUGCAGGAAAAUCGUAUAACAGAUACCACUGCCGCAGAAGCUAGGAAGGGAAAGGAUAUCCAAGGUAUACCAUGGGAUAGACUGAGUAUUAGUCGUGAAAAGUAUAGACAAACUAGACUAGAGCAGUACAAGAAUUAUGAAAAUAUACCACAAUCAGGGGAACUUUCGGAGAAGGAAUGCAGGCCAACAGAUAAAGGAGGAAGAUUUUAUGAUUUCUGGCAGAACACUAGAUCUGUGAAGUCAACGAUACUUCAUUUCCAACUACGAAACUUGGUUUGGUCAACAUCGAAGCAUGAUGUAUAUCUUGUUUCACAUUACUCAAUUGUUCACUGGUCUUCGUUGCACUCCAAGAGAUCCGAAAUCCUGAAUGUACAAGGGCAUGUGGCUCCGUGUGAGAAACAUCCUGGAAGCCUCUUGGAAGGGUUUACUCAAACACAAAUUAGUACACUGGCAGUGCGAGACAACUUGUUGAUUGCUGGAGGCUUUCAAGGAGAACUUAUUUGCAAGUACUUAGAUCGACCUGGGGUUAGCUUUUGUUCCAGAACUACUUAUGAGGACAAUGCGAUCACAAAUGCUGUCGAGAUUUAUGAGCAUCCCAGUGGAGCGGUUCAUUUCAUGGCUUCAAAUAAUGACUGUGGAGUCAGAGACUUUGAUAUGGAGAAAUUUCAGCUUUCCAAGCAUUUCUGCUUCCCCUGGCCUGUAAAUCAUACUUCAUUGAGCCCUGAUAGUAAACUUCUUGCAAUUGUUGGAGACAAUCCAGAAGGGCUGCUGGUGGAUUCUCAAACUGGAAAGACAAUCACGCAGUUAUGUGGACACUUGGAUUACUCAUUUGCAUCUGCAUGGCAUCCUGAUGGCCGUAUUUUUGCUACCGGGAACCAAGACAAAACUUGCCGUGUCUGGGAUGUUCGAAAUUUGUCGAAGUCUGUUGCUGUUCUGAAGGGCAACCUUGGAGCUAUACGUUCAAUACGUUUCACAUCUGAUGGGCAGUUCAUGGCAAUGGCUGAGCCAGCUGACUUUGUGCAUGUCUUUGACGCAAAGCGUGGAUUUGAGAAGGAACAGGAAAUUGAUUUUUUUGGGGAGAUCUCUGGUGUAUCUUUCAGUCCGGAUACAGAAUCACUCUUUAUUGGUGUCUGGGACCGCACCUACGGAAGCCUUCUUCAGUACAACCGACACAGAAACUACUCGUAUCUUGACUGCUUGUAAAUUUGUAACCUUACACCUUGUAAGACCCUUAGAGCUCGUGUCCUUUUGCCUUGGAAUCGCAGUGUUGCGGCACCAUCUGAACAAAAGAGAAAAAAUACCAGUGGAUUGCCUCAUCACAACAUGGCCUGAGGAUGUUAUAGUUGUUUGUUGUACAACAUCAUGUUAAAUAACACAUUGACUUGCAAUCUCUCUCUCCCUCUCCCCUUCUUAAUCUUGCCUAAUAAUGAUAGGAAGUUUGUACAGCAAACCGUACUUGCAUUGUUUGCACCCUCAUCAUCAUGUUCCACUGCAUUUGGUGUCUUGUGCUGUGUCCUAUGGGUACUGAGUGCUGCUAAAUAUAUAUCUCUUCUUAGUCUUCUGCA